AUGUCCACGAUCAAGAACUUCCUUGGCAACGAGGACACCCCAGACAUCCAUGAAUUUACAAAGGAUGUCAAAGCCACAAUGCAAGACCCAGAAGCCCCUAUUAAACCAGAAGAUGAAUAUGUUGGAGACUUCGAAGAAAUUUCGACCGUGAGGCAAGGCCUUCAUCAGAGACAUAUUCAAAUGAUCGCUUUGGCUGGUACCAUCGGAACUGGUCUCUUCCUUAGUUCUGGUCGAGCGAUUUCGCGGUCUGGUCCCCUGGGAGCCUUUCUGGGCUACCUGGUCAUGGGAUGUGUUGCCGGCACCGUGACCCUUGCCGUGGGCGAGAUGGGUACACUUGUUCCGUUGAACGGUGGAAUAGUCCGCUACGCGGAAUACUUUGUUGACCCUGCACUAGCCUUCGCCAAUGGCUACAACGUGGUAUAUUCAUACCUUGUGUCUAUUCCCGCAGAGAUCGUAGCCGCUGCUGUGCUAGUGCAGUUCUGGUCUGACCUCAAUAGUGCGAUUUGGGUCACUAUCUUUGGAUUGCUUAUGAUAUGUACCGCUCUGGUCUUUGUGAGAGUAUAUGGAGAGCUCGAGUUCGCUUUCUCUAUGAUGAAGAUCUUGCUGAUCAUCGGAGUCAAUAUCAUGGCUCUUGUGAUUACCUGUGGUGGCGGUCCUGAUCAUAAAACCAUUGGAUUUGAAUACUGGCGCAGUCCUGGGCCUUUCGUUCAGUACCUUGGAAUCGGUGGCGCUCUUGGUCGUUUCCUUGGUGUUUGGACAUCCAUGAAUAAUGCCCUUUACGCAUAUUCAGGUAUUGAAACAAUUACUGUUGCUGCCGCAGAGACAAAAUCGCCAAGACAGGCUAUUCCUCAGGCUGCCAAGCGGGUUUUCAUUCGUAUAUUGGUUUUCUACGUGAUCUCAAUCUUUAUGGUCGGCCUUGUGGUCCCCUCCAAUGAGCCUAGACUUAGCGCUUCUACCGGGACAGCUUCUGAGUCUCCCUUUGUGAUCGCAGCUACUCUAGCUGGAAUCAAGGUAGUGCCAUCAAUUAUCAAUGCUGUCAUCAUCACGUCGGCAUGGUCUUCAGGCAACUCGAACAUGCUCGGAGGGACCAGGGUGUUGGUCGGACUGGCGAUGAACGGUCAAGCCCCCAAGUUCUUCACUCGACUUAACAGAUUUUCGGUCCCCUGGGUCGCAAUUUCGCUCUAUGGUCUAUUCAUGUGUCUGGGAUACAUGUCACUCUCUGCAACUGCCAGCACCGUGUUUAAUUGGCUACAAGACCUUGUCUCCAUCACAACUCUGACCAACUGGAUGUCUAUUCUGGUCACAUAUCUUCGUUUCUACUAUGGCUGCAAGAAACAAGGAAUCUCUCGGAAAUCUCUACCGUGGGCGACGCCGCUCCAGCCAUAUAUCAGCUGGGCCUCGCUGUUCUUGCUCACAAUCCUGCUUAUCACGGGCGGGUACUCAACCUUCAUCAAAGGGCACUGGGACAACGAAUCAUUCGUCUCAUCUUAUAUUAAUAUUCCCCUUUUCCUGAUCCUCUAUUUUGGGUACAAGUUUAUUCGCAAGACAAAGAUUGUCCCCUUGGAAGAUAUCCCCAUUCAACCCUUUAUUGAUAUUGCGAAUCGGAAUCCAGAGCCUGAGCCAAAGCCAAAGAAAGGUCUUCACAAAUUGAACAUUCUAUGGAGCUGA